CACAAAAAUGUCAGAAAACUUGAAAGUUUCAGCCACCGACACAACGGACAAUAACUUUGAUUUACUAAUGCCUGAUUUCGUCUUGUGUAUCCGUGAUUUUACUCUUGACCUUGAAAUAGACGGAAAAGAGUGUAGUGAAGACGAUUAUUUUGAACACUGCCUGAAAGGAAAGAAAACAGAAAAUAGCAAAUUAGACGAAGCAUACAACAGACCAAGGCUGUGCAUUAAAAAAUAUUUUACAAAAAGGAAAGCGUUCACAUUUGAUAGACCAGCCUCAAGAAAGGCAAUGAAGAACCUCGAACAAGCUAAAGAAGAAAACCUUUCCGACGACUUUGUUAAUGAGACGAAAAAGUUUAUAGCAUAUGUCUAUGAACGUCCGGCAAAAAUGCUGCAAAAUAAAAAACUUGUAACUGGCCGCAUGUUACUAGAAUUAUUGAACGCCUUUGUGAAAGCGAUAAAAAAUGGUACAGUUCCAUGUAUAGACGAUGCUCUCACCGUUAUGUCAAAACAAGAAAAUGAGAGACAUGCAAAAGAUGCCAUUGCCAGUUUCCGUGGUGAGAUAGGAAAACUAAGUAUGCCUUUUGGGAAUAAAACUCAACUUCUAGAAAAGAAAUUUUCUACUCAAUCACUCAUUCUCACUGGUUUGAAUUCGAAACUUUUGUUAGAUGACAAUCAUGCUAAAGAAAUGGAAGUAAAGGUAAAAUAUUUGUUAAUUUUUGAGGAUGAUGUUAUUAACUCAAAUAAUAUUAAAGGUUUAAAACGUCGUCUUCGUGAAGAUGAGAUGGACAGGGGUAUUGGAAUGUUGGAGGCUGGCCCGUUCCAAAGGCCCGUUGCCCAUGUCCUUGGGGUAUCCAAAAGCGUAGAUAUCCCAGGAUGUGGAACGGAUUCCAAAAGGACUGAAAAUGUCUUGCAGGGCCUUGCUGAAGUCGGGAAACGUUCAACGACUCAAAGCCCAGGACCGAUUUAUUGUCCUUCAGACCAGGCGCCAAACCGUUCUCUGAACGCUACGACCCUACGUAACGACUUCCAGAAUGUAACUGGUGUCGUGAUAAGCACACAAACUGUUAGAAACAGGUUGAAUGAUGCUGGGUUGAGGUCACGGAGGCCAGCAAUUUGCAUUCCUUUGAAUCAACGCCAUAUUCAAGAGCGUUUGCAAUGGGCGCAGAGUCAUGUCACAUGGACAGUUAAUGAUUGGACCCCGGUCCUCUUCACUGAUGAGUCAAUGUUUUGUUUGGACUUCAUGGACAGACGGGUUAGG